GUGUGUUUGUGUGUGUGUAUGUGUGUUGGUGGAUGUGAGUACGGGGAAGCAGCGGCCGCCAUUUCAGAGAGCUUGCCGAAGCUGUCGCAGGGGUGGAUCCUGAGCUGCCGAAGCCGCCAUCCUGAACUUCCGCGCGGGCUCCUCUAAUCCCAUUGUUUCUUUUAGAUUCGCUCGGGCCUAUCCGCCCUCGGAGCCCGAAAUUCGGGCUGGGCGGUACCGCGGCCUGGGCCUAGCGGCUUAACAGUAGCAACAGCGGCAGCAGCAGCAGCAGCCCCCCCCCCCCUUUCCGAAUACGAGCACCCUAGGGGCCCGAAAGCCCGCACAGACGAUUAGAGAAAAUGGCAGACGAUAUUGAUAUUGAAGCAAUGCUUGAGGCUCCUUACAAGAAGACUUGCCUAACGAUAUCUCACCUCUACUCCCAUGAAUUCACCUUUGAUUCCAGUGUGAACUGUCAAUCAUAAGGUAGUAAUUGAGUGACUUAUCGCUGUACCGUGGUCCCCUAGGUAAAAUGACUCAACUAAGAAUUACCAGCUCCAGUUUGGUAUAGCAAAAAGGUGAAUGUAGUGGUUUGGGAAAAUAGCAGGGGUCCAAGAAUAACAAAGCAUAACCAGUCUAUGGCAAGCAAAUCUUUAAGUUUUACAAGAAGAAAUGGGUGAGAUUUAAAUUUUUUUUCUAUAUAUAUAUGACUGGUGAUAGUAAAUACCGAAACAGGCAGGUGAUGAUCUGCUCAGUUAAAAAUUACUGAAAUUCUUGGAUCCCUGAAUAGAAAAAAAAUUUUUCUAAAGCAAAGGAGGCAGUAUCACAACUUAAGAGUCACUUGAUGACUGUUUUACUGUGCUCCGAAUUGUUUUAUUUUUACUUAGUCCCUGCCAUAAUAUUUCACACUAAAAGCUACAAAGGAAUUAUUUUGGCUAGUAGUAUAGUCUGACCCAUUUCAGUAUCACAGUAAAAGUAAAGUGUCUUUUCAUUCUUUCACCAGUUGGUGGUGAAUAUAGCAGUAUGCAUGCAUUAUCACUGGUGUCGCAAACUGUAAGCUUUGAUGAGAACAAGUUGAGCAGUGCUAACGGCCAUGAAGAACGUAGCAAAAAGAGGAAAAAAAGCAAGAGCAGAAGUCGUAGUCAUGAACGGAAAAGAAGCAAAAGUAAGGAACGGAAACGAAGUAGAGAUAGAGAAAGGAAAAAGAGCAAAAGCCGUGAAAGGAAGCGAAGUAGGAGCAAAGAAAGGAGGCGGAGCCGCUCAAGAAGUCGAGAUCGCAGAUUCAGAGGCCGCUACAGAAGUCCUUACUCCGGACCAAAAUUUAACAGUGCCAUCCGAGGAAAGAUUGGGUUGCCUCAUAGCAUCAAAUUAAGCAGACGACGUUCCCGAAGCAAAAGUCCAUUCAGAAAAGACAAGAGCCCUGUGAGGGAACCUAUUGAUAAUCUAACUCCUGAAGAAAGAGAUGCAAGGACAGUUUUCUGCAUGCAGCUGGCAGCAAGAAUUAGGCCAAGGGAUUUGGAAGAGUUUUUCUCUACAGUAGGAAAGGUUCGAGAUGUGAGAAUGAUUUCUGAUAGAAAUUCAAGACGUUCCAAAGGAAUUGCAUAUGUGGAGUUUGUUGAUGUUAGCUCAGUGCCUCUAGCAAUAGGAUUAACUGGCCAACGUGUUUUAGGAGUGCCAAUCAUAGUACAAGCAUCACAGGCAGAAAAAAACAGAGCUGCAGCAAUGGCGAACAAUCUACAGAAGGGAAGUGCUGGACCUAUGAGGCUUUAUGUGGGCUCGUUACACUUUAACAUAACUGAAGAUAUGCUUCGGGGAAUCUUUGAGCCUUUUGGAAGGAUUGAAAGUAUCCAGCUCAUGAUGGAUAGUGAAACAGGUCGAUCUAAGGGAUAUGGAUUUAUUACGUUUUCUGAUUCAGAAUGUGCCAAGAAGGCUUUGGAACAGCUUAAUGGAUUUGAGUUAGCAGGAAGACCAAUGAAAGUUGGUCAUGUUACUGAACGUACUGAUGCUUCCAGUGCUAGCUCAUUCUUGGACAGUGAUGAACUGGAAAGGACUGGAAUUGACUUGGGAACAACUGGUCGUCUCCAAUUAAUGGCAAGACUUGCAGAAGGUACAGGUUUGCAGAUUCCACCAGCAGCACAGCAGGCUCUACAAAUGAGUGGCUCUUUGGCAUUUGGUGCUGUGGCAGAAUUCUCUUUUGUUAUAGAUUUGCAAACAAGACUUUCUCAACAGACUGAAGCUUCAGCUUUAGCUGCAGCUGCCUCUGUUCAGCCUCUUGCAACACAGUGUUUCCAACUUUCUAACAUGUUUAACCCUCAAACAGAAGAAGAAGUUGGAUGGGAUACAGAGAUUAAGGAUGAUGUGAUUGAAGAAUGUAAUAAACAUGGAGGAGUUAUUCAUAUUUAUGUUGACAAAAAUUCAGCUCAGGGCAACGUGUAUGUGAAGUGCCCAUCAAUUGCUGCAGCCAUUGCUGCUGUCAAUGCAUUGCAUGGCAGGUGGUUUGCUGGUAAAAUGAUAACAGCAGCAUAUGUACCUCUUCCAACUUACCACAACCUCUUCCCUGAUUCUAUGACAGCAACACAACUACUGGUUCCAAGUAGACGAUGAAGGAAGAUAUAGUCCCUUAUGUACAUAGCUUUUUUUCUUUCUUGAGAAUUCAUCUUGAGUUAUCUUUUAUUUAGAUAAAAAUAAAGAGGCAAGGGUCUACUGUCAUUUGUAUACAAUUCCUGUUACCUUGAAAAAAUAAAAAUGUUAACAGGAAUGCAGUGUGCUCAUUAUCCCUAACUAGCAAAUCCCACUGUAUACAAAGCUGUUCUCUUGUUCUGCCUUUUAAAUGUACAUGUAGAAAUUUACAUUAAGGAUCUAUAGGAAUAGCUCUAGGGGGGGAACAGAUGUGCUUAAUGUAAAAAGGCAGACAGGGAUGUAAUUAUGUUUUUAAUGUUUCAGAAGCCUAACUUUUUACACAGCAGUUACAUAACACGUUUCACUAAUGUUGAUACUUGGCUAAUGGUUUAGCAGAGGUUUCUGGAGUACACAUUUAGUGUAUGGAAAUUCAAGACAGCUAAAGGGCUGUUUGAUUAACAUCUCAUCUUGCAUCGUGAUCAAUUGGCAAGAAAAGGAGUUUUCAAGAUUACAUUUCUGGAUGCUAUCUUUUCAAUUAAUGUAUCUGUAAAAGUUUCUUUGUAAAUAUUAUGUGUUCUGAUGUGUCUAAGAUUCCAAACAAAAUGAUCCCUGCAUUUCCUCAAGAUGUUUAGUGACAGUCUGGUAAGCAGAGCAGUCUGAGCAAGAAAUAGGAAAUGCAGAAAUAGGUUUUGUCUGGUUGCAUAUAAUCUUUGCUCUUUUUAAGCUCUGUGAGCUCUGAAAUAUAUUUUUGGGUUACUUAGUGUGUUUGACAAGACAGCUUGAUAUUUCUAUCAAACAAAUGACUUUCAUAUUGCAACAACCUUUGUAAGAACCACUCAAAUAAAAUUCUCUUAAAAAGGCCACAA